AACGCCCCUCAUGAUGCCCGGCAGACAAGACGCCUUUUCCGUUUCCAUCCCCACAUCUCCUCCUCCUCCACAGAGCAUCUCCAGCUAUUCUCGCUUUAUCCACGAUCACACGAAGCGUCAGAUGCAAGCCUUUGGUGCCCUAUCGCCCACAAAUUCUGGCUCGUCGAGUCGAUCGUCUGUUGGCACCUCCAUGACCAACGGCGCAGCACCCACGAUGUAAUCGUGUACUUGGAUUGGAGUUGGCGCAUGUUUAGUUUUAGCGGUGCUUCUCUUCCCAUCAUGGGCCUUGAUUUCCGCGCGCAUGGUUUGCCAUCAUAGCAGAAUUACAUUGGCAAUCUGGACACCACUUAAAAAUAACAUUUGGACAAUCCAGCAACAGAAUAACACCAACAAUAUGGCAAACCCAAGAUUGGAAUGCCUGCAUAUACCUAUACAACGCAACUUGUUUACCGAACACGCAUUUACACUACAGCAAAAGCAACGAUUGCGUCACAUGGAUGACGAGCCGACUUAGGCCACUCGCUGUUUUGUCCUUCGUUUCGAUUCAUUGCUAUUUUUACGACUUGAUAUGAUACACGCAUGGCGUUUGGAGGGUUUUUUUUUCGGCACAAGACUAAUUGGCUGGGGUUUGGAUUCCUUUAACAUAGUACAUACAUGGGACAACUGGAAGGACGAGGGGAGCUAUAUCAGGCUGUGAAGCCACCGUACAUGAUGAUAAUAGCAGUCGGCGAUGCAUAAUGGAACUGAGAUGAUUCCAACCCCAUGGCAAUCUUUCUAUCCAAAUCUACCAGCUGUUUCACUCUU